UUAGUCCAAUUUUACGUUUAAAAUAAGCCUUUUUUUCAUGUCAGCAAAAUAACCCUAAAAUAGUCCUUCCGUCUGGCGCGACUUCAGUCUUCAAUUCCCUCGUCGAUAGAACUUGAGAUCUCUUUGGAAUCAAAAUUUCUUCGCCCCAACCAGAUUUGAUGGCUCCGAAACCUGUUACCAGUCCCGUCCCCGAAGCCUGGUACCCAACCCUUGCGGUUUUGAUGAUCUCUGUUGGCCUCAUCAUUACCGCUUCGUUUUUCAUCUAUGAAGCUACAACUUCCAGGAAAAACCGUAGUCUGGCAAAGGAAAUCACUAGAGGAUCGAUUGCCUCCAUUUUCUUGGGUUUUGGAUCCUUAUUCUUGUUGCUUGCUUCUGGUGUUUAUGUCUAACCUAUUGGUAGCACAUCUUGAGAAUGGUUCUUAUUUAGCAGAGUCAGUUUUACGUGUAUGAUGCUGGGAUAGGACUACUUCCUAAAAACGGUGCUCUCUUUUUUUUUCCAAUGAGGAAUUAACAUUUUCGAAUUUUCUUUAUGGAGCAUUAUACUCAUAAUAUGCAAUAUGAUUGAAGGAAUUUUGUAGGCUUAAGAAUGAUAGUGCUGAAGAAAUCAGCUUUUGCUAGAAAUAGAAUCAUGGCUCUUUAGAAUAAUAUAGAAAUUGGAGCAAGGUUGGUAUUGACUUUGAA